CAAUUACGCUCGUUCUGCCCUUUCUAAUCGUUGCCCGGUGUCGCUGCAUCCUAGUUUCACCUCUGACCGCGCUAGUUUUUCUAUGAAGCACGCCUGAGCCUUCCGCGCGCCGUUGCUGCAGAGCCUCCACGACUGACCAGGAACCUGCUUCAUCGCACCUCCUCCCCUCCCCAACCUCCAAGCUGGCCAUCCCGUCGUCUCCGCCACUACACACGCAGCGGGAGAGGAGCAACACCCUCGGCAUUAGAGCGCGGAGUUCGUCAAUCCUAUCGCAGGCGCGGGAGAAGGACGUCAACGCUGCGGGCGCGCCUCGCUUCACCAUGCUGGUCCCCAAAGGAGGCUACUCGUGGAAGGCCGCCCGAGCACGACUACCCCCGACGCGGGUCGUCUUCCACAUCCUGAGGAACCCCCGAUUCCUGCUCUCGGUCGGCCUGGUCUCGAUAAUUGUGCUGCUAUGGCGGUCCAUGGGCUCGGCCGCGGGCGAGAUGCAGCGGUUUUACUGCUGGGGCCCCUCCAAACCACCAAUGCACAUGACACCGAACGAGAACGCAGAAUGGCACGGCCACCUCCAGACCCCCGUAAUAUUUAACCACCACAAGCCGGUCAAGGUCAACGAGAGCACCAUCUCCCACGUCGACCUCAACCAGAUCAAAUCCACCAAGAAGGCGGAUGCGAACAAGGAGCGCAUCCUCAUCCUCACUCCGCUCCGUGACGCCGCGCCCUACUUAGAACAGCACUUCGACCUCAUCAGUCAGCUUACGUACCCGCACCACCUAAUUGACCUCGGCUUCCUCAUCGGCGACUCGACGGAUGACACAAUGGCAGCUCUGGCAAAGGAGCUGGAGCGGGUGCAGGGGAACCCAGAGAUCGCAUUCCGAUCUGCAAUGAUUGUUGAGAAGGACUUUGGCGUGACGCUCUCGCAAAAUGUGGAAGACAGGCAUGGCUUCGAAGCUCAGGGCCCUCGGAGAAAAGCCAUGGGCAGGGCAAGGAACUAUUUGCUGGCCACAGCCCUCAAGGCGGAUCACAGCUGGGUGUAUUGGAGAGAUGUCGAUAUCAAGGACAGCCCCGCCAAAAUAAUUGAGGAUUUUGUGGCGCACGACAGGGAUAUUCUUGUGCCAAACAUUUGGUUCCAUAGAUACCGGGAACGCGAUGGUAAAAUGGUUGAUAUUGAAGGAAGAUUCGACUAUAACUCGUGGCAAGAAUCCGAAGAAGGUCGUAAACUCGCUGCGUCUCUCGACAAAGACAUCGUUCUCGCCGAAGGCUACAAAGAAUACAAGACCAACCGCAAAUACAUGGCCAGAAUGGGCAACUGGCGCGAAAACAAAGACGAGGAGAUCCCUCUCGACGGCAUAGGCGGCGUCAACAUCAUCGUUAAAGCAGACGUUCACCGCUCUGGCAUCAACUUCCCCUGUUACCCCUUCGAAAACCAAGCCGAGACUGAAGGUUUUGCAAAAAUGGCGAAACGUGCAGGGUACGGUGUGUAUGGUCUACCGAACUAUGUCGUCUGGCAUAUUGAUACAGACGAGAAGCCUGGCAAUGCGUAAUCUACCAACAUUAUCAUCAGAAGGAGAAGAAGGACAAAGAAAGCAAAGGGGCUUUGUGUGAAUAGGGGUAUAAGCAGGAUGACGACGCAGUGUAAGAAAUGGAUGGAUACGGCGAGUGACUAACUCAACGAACGACAAACAAAUUUCAAGGGCAGGGCGGGCGAGCAAACAAACAUCCCCGGCCUAGGAAAUCGAUUUUCGGCCCUGGGCGGUAUGAAACCAACAUUUUUGUUCAACCUUUUUUUCCCUCCAUUUCUGUUCCUAUACUUUACCCGCCUGCAUUACAUAAAUCAUGCGCAAGCACUCCGGUUUUUUGGUUGCUGGAUGGCCGGGGGAGAUGAUCUUGCUGUGUAGGAAAUUAUAGGCCUCACCGGCGCAAGGGUAGAUUUGCUACCUGUAAUGGGAUGCGCCAUGGAGUAGGAGUAAUAAUGGAAAUGGUGAACCUAUAU